AUGUCUAGUGAAGAAAACGAAAUGUCCGGAGGUCAAAAUUCCCAGGCACUGCAGGCGGCAGAUGACGAGAAUCUCAAAUCUUGUUGGGUUUGUUUUGCUACUGAGCAGGAUGACAAACUUGCUGCGUGGGUCCAGCCUUGCAAAUGCAUUGGAACAACCAAAUGGGUACACCAAAGUUGUCUUCAGAGAUGGGUGGAUGAAAAGCAAAGAGGAAACAUAAGUAGGAAGGUGCUCUGCCCGCAAUGUAAAGCUGAAUAUAUAGUGGUGUUCCCGUCUAUGGGAAACUUUGUGGCCCUAUUGGAUGCUAUGGAUAAUAUUACUUACAAGAUUAGUCCAUUUAUUGUCGGAGGCGUGUUACUGGGGUCUAUCUAUUGGAUUGCUAUUACUUAUGGUGCAGUUACAGUGAUGCAGGUGGUGGGACACAGGGAAGGUCUGGAGAUGAUGGAAUCGGCUGACCCUCUGGUGCUGCUGGUGCUGCUCCCAACAAUACCGGUGACACUCAUCAGCGCGCAAAUGUACAAUUGGGAGGACUCUGUGCUCUUCUUCCUGAGAAAGUACUGCGCUAAGAUCCCGGCGUUGUCUUACAUAUUGCCGUUUGGAAAUUCGGAUGGCGAACGCGCCGUUGUCCCCGGUCAGAACACGAACAACGGAACGCAUAAUCCAAACUCGCGUCUCUCGCCCACAAUCAUAUUCUGCUCCGCGCUAGUUCUACCCACCAUUUGUACGAUUAUCGGCAAAAUUUUCUUCCGGUCCAUCAAGAACAACCUACACAGGACGAUUUUAGGCGGGCUCACAUACAUCACUCUGAAGGGCGCGCUCAAAAUAUACCACAAACAAAUGCUAUAUAUUCGCAAUUCGAGUAGAAAGAUCUUAGACUACACAGAGUCAAACCUAAAGUUGUACAGAAGCAUGAAUCAACAACCCGACUCGGUUUCAACGAACGACUCUGAACAGCGAAAUCGGCACUUGUAA